AUGUAUUCUGACAAAGAUUUAUUCCACCACAUAGGAAGCACGAAGGGUAAAACCAAUGGGACCACUGCUACCGCUGCUACCGGGCAACCUUUGACUCCUGAUAUCAUAUCCCAGUGGGAGCGCCCUCGAACUACCGCCCUCUCGUUCGUCUCGAUUGUCAGUCUUAUUGUUGCAGCCCGAUACCUCCCCUUGUUACGAUGGCUCUUCAAGUUUUCGUAUCUGGCUCUUGGAUUCACCAUUGCCCUCGAAAUCGCCGGAAAAGUCCUCUUGUCUCGCGGCCUAGCCAGCUCCUCCCGCCCUCGCAAAUACUACACAAUUCCUAAAGACACAGUAGAGAGCAUCCUAGAGGAUCUAGAACAAUUGAUGGACUUCUUUCUCAUUGAGAUCCAGCGCAUCCUCUUUGCGGAGAAUCUCACCUAUACUCUUGCCGCAUUCUCUGCUGCGUUGACCUCGUACUGGCUUGUCCGCUUCCUCCCUACCUGGGGGCUGUCCCUCAUCCUCGUUUCUGUCGCAUACCUGGGACCCCUAAUCUACGUCAACAACAAAGAACUCAUUGAUUCCCAGAUCGACCAGAUCCAACAAAUCGUCAACUCCCAAGCCACCCAAGUGAAGGAGAUGGCGGGCCAGCAAACAGCCCAUGCCACCCAUAUCGUCAAGCAGUACGUGGGCGACUACCGUGCAAAGGCUAACGAAUAUAUGGGCUCCGCCCGCUCUCUCCCUCCCGUCGAACAAGUUACCCCAGCAAGCUCACAGGCCCAGUCCGGGCUUAAAUCUGCCAAAGAGCCCGCCGUUGACCCCAUAGCUAAACCUGUUGCGAAAGCCACCAGUGCUGAGCAUGACGCUACUGAGCCCGCCAUCACACAGACAGACUUUCCCACAGCACCGAAAGAUGAUAUCCUGCUUGGCGAGGAAACGACACCGGAAGCCGGGGCGGAGCCGAAAUUAGACGAGCCGCUUCUGGCAUAA